UAGAUCGAAUCCCCGAGCUGACAAGGUAAGAAAUCUGUCGUUCUGCCCCUGAACAAGGCAGUUAACCCACUGUUCCUAGGCCGUCAUUGUAAAUAAGAAUUUGUUCUUAACUGACUUGCCUAAUUAAACAAAGGUUAAAUAAAAAAAUACCACAGACCCCCGAGGAGCCUUAAUGGUAUUAUAAACUGGUUACCAAUGUAAUUGUGUCAUACUGUGGUAUACGGUCUGAUAUACCACGGCUGUCAGCCAAUAAGCAUUCAGCGCUCGAAUCACCUAGUUUAUAAAUAUAUAUAAUGAGGGUAAUUCAUAUUGAAGGUAAGAGGUUGUGUGUUUGUCUGUUAUGGUGGUCAGUAGUAAUAACUGUAGAGGGGAUUGAUAUGAUUCUGUUAUGGUGGUCAGUAGUAAUAACUGUAGAGAGGAUUGAUAUGAUUCUGUUAUGGUGGUCAGUAGUAAUAACUGUAGAGAGGCUGGAUAUGAUUCUGUUAUGGUGGUCAGUGGUAAUAACUGUAGAGGGGAUUGAUAUGAUUCUGUUAUGGUGGUCAGUAGUAAUAACUGUAGAGAGGAUUGAUAUGAUUCUGUUAUGGUGGUCAGUGGUAAUAACUGUAGAGAGGAUUGAUAUGAUUCUGUUAUGGUGGUCAGUGGUAAUAACUGUAGAGGGGAUUGAUAUGAUUCUGUUAUGGUGGUCAGUGGUAAUAACUGUAGAGGGGAUUGAUAUGAUUCUGUUAUGGGGGUCAGUGGUAAUAACUGUAGAGAGGCUGGAUAUGAUUCUGUUAUGGGGGUCAGUGGUAAUAACUGUAGAGAGGCUGGAUAUGAUUCUGUUAUGGGGGUCAGUGGUAAUAACUGUAGAGAGGAUUGAUAUGAUUCUGUUAUGGGGGUCAGUGGUAAUAACUGUAGAGAGGAUUGAUAUGAUUCUGUUAUGGUGGUCAGUGGUAAUAACUGUAGAGAGGCUGGAUAUGAUUCUGUUAUGGUGGUCAGUGGUAAUAACUGUAGAGAGGCUGGAUAUGAUUCUGUUAUGGUGGUCAGUGGUAAUAACUGUAGAGAGGAUUGAUAUGAUUCUGUUAUGGUGGUCAGUGGUAAUAACUGUAGAGAGGAUUGAUAUGAUUCUGUUAUGGUGGUCAGUGGUAAUAACUGUAGAGAGGCUUGAUAUGAUUCUGUUAUGGUGGUCAGUGGUAAUAACUGUAGAGAGGCUUGAUAUGAUUCUGUUAUGGUGGUCAGUGGUAAUAACUGUAGAGGGGAUGGAUAUGAUUCUGUUAUGGUGGUCAGUGGUAAUAACUGUAGAGAGGCUGGAUAUGAUUCUGUUAUGGUGGUCAGUGGUAAUAACUGUAGAGAGGAUUGAUAUGAUUCUGUUAUGGUGGUCAGUGGUAACUGUAGAGAGGAUUGAUAUGAUUCUGUUAUGGGGGUCAGUGGUAAUAACUGUAGAGGGGAUUGAUAUGAUUCUGUUAUGGUGGUCAGUGGUAAUAACUGUAGAGAGGAUUGAUAUGAUUCUGUUAUGGUGGUCAGUGGUAAUAACUGUAGAGAGGCUGGAUAUGAUUCUGUUAUGGUGGUCAGUGGUAAUAACUGUAGAGAGGAUUGAUAUGAUUCUGUUAUGGUGGUCAGUGGUAAUAACUGUAAUAACCCUGUUCCUGGAAAGCUACUAUCCAGUAGGUUUUCACUCCAACCCCAGUUGCAACUAACCUGAUUCAUCUUAUCAACCAGAAUUACUAGAAUCAGGUGUGCUAGAUUAGGGUUGGCAUGAACCUACAGGACAGUAGCUCUCCAGGAACAGGGUUGGAGAUAAAAACCUACAGGAUGGUAGCUCUCCAGGAAAAUGGUUGGAGAUAAAACCUACAGGAUGGUAGCUCUCCAGGAA